GCCGAGGCGGCCACGCUGCCCAAGCCGCGGGCCUACGGGGCGAGCGAGCUCUACGGGCCCGGCCGGCCGCUCAGCCCGCGGCGCGCCUUCGAGGGCAUCCGGCUGCGCUUCGAGAAGCAGCCGUCGGAGGAGGAGGAGUGGGCCGUGCCCACCAGCCCGCCCAGCCCCGAGGCGGGCACCAUCCGCUGCGCCUCGUUCUGCGCGGGCUUUCCCAUCCCCGAGUCGCCCGCCGCCGCCGCCUACGCCCACGCCGAGCACGCGCAGUCCUGGCCGUCCAUCAACCUGCUGAUGGAGACUGUGGGCUCAGAUAUCCGCAGCUGCCCCCUCUGCCAGCUCGGUUUCCCUGUUGGGUACCCAGAUGAUGCCCUCAUCAAACACAUUGACUCCCACCUGGAGAACAGCAAGAUCUAGGGUGCGUCCCCCACCCAUUGGCUGUUUGUCCAUCUUCUCUCAUCACCCCCAAACACUCACUCACUUUGAAUGCUGCAUGAAUCUCGUGGGGGGCCCCUGCCCCUUGCGACCCCCAGAUACCUCCACUAGCUACCGAGUCAACGUGUGUGCCGUCUUCCCUGGUCUAGGCACCACUCAGCCCUGGCUCUUCCUGGAAGGCCAGCCGAGGUUCUCCCCAGCUCCCUGGCUUCUGCUGGGGGUGGGUGGGGAUCUGGGCUGGGAUGGGGAGGGGCAUACCCCACCCAGCCUCUCCCUUUGCCUUUCUGUUCUCAAGACAGGGUUGGAUCCAAAAAGGUGUCUAGUGCUUGGGCCUGGGGGAGGGGGAGGGUAUCAGAGGACUCUGGGAGCUCCCCUAGCCUCUCCCCAGAUGUCCAUUUUUCUCAGGCUCUGCUCUGUCCAGGGAGCACCUCCCUGUGGGGUCCCAGAGCCUGCCUUGCACACUGAUACCAGUUCCUCCAUCCCAUGGCCAGCUUGGGGCUCUUGGCACGCCCCCCCUCCUUGGGGGAAGGAGGCAUCUUGUUUCUUGCCAUUCCCUGUAGGCCAGUCUUGUUCUCCUCCUCUGCCCCCCUGGGGAAUAGGGAGGGUGGGAGUGGAGAGGGAGGACCCUACAGGACUGGGAGGAUUCAGCCUAAAGAGGCUGCCCGGAGGGCAGGGGGUGUGGGGGUCACCCUGCACCAUGACCCCCAGGCCAGGGGAGUAUCUGUGCUAGCCUCCCAGGCCCCCGCAUCCCCCUGGAGCCCCUGCACCAAGACGCAGAUUUGUUAAGAUAGAUGCUCCCCUCCACCCUUACCCUACUCGAGUCCCUGACACCACAGGUGCCCUGGAGCCAGUGUGUGACUUGGCCUCGGUUAGCUGGGUGGGUGUCAUCAGCCCUGCCUCCCAGGCCAGAACCUGCGGAUGGGCCCAGGGUGCUGUUGGAGAUCAACUUCAAAAGAGCUAACCCCCUUCCUGUACCCCAGCGACCCACAUUCCCUCUGUGAAAUCUACCUCAGAGUCGUACCCUCAGAAGGAUGGGUAAGCAGGAGGCCAGGGGGUCCCCAGGGCUGAGGUGGGGAGCUUCCUACGGCAAGAGCCUGCUGCCCCACGAUGAAUCCAACCCCCCCCCCCCCACCCCCGCUCCCCACUGCGAGCCUCUCCCAGGUCUCAGCCCUGGGCUGGUGGCAGUGAGUGCUACCGUCAGUCAGUGCAUGUACCAUUCUGAUCCAACACUUCCGGCCCCACCCCCGCCCCCCGCCUCGUCACGCCCCUCCCCUCCUCCUCAGCGCAGGGGAGUGAAGAGGUGUGUCAGGCAGGAAGGGACCAAGAACUCCAGAGACACAUGGCAUUGUAUCUUGAGUGUUCCCUCCUGGGAGGGGAAAUGGGAAAGGGGGCCUGGAGAGGGAGGUGGGGGCCCCUGAGCUCUCUGAACAAGUUGAAAGUCCAAAUAAAACUUACCUGUUCCAUCUGC